AUGUCAGACCUUACUCUAUUCGAUUACGCCACCAAGUGGUACGUUUUGGCGCCGGCAUUGAUUGUCCUUUAUGCGGUAUACAUCCAAGUCUACAAUGCUUAUUUGAUAAAAAAAUUGGGAGCAGCGAAAGAAGCAAAUUGUGAGGGUGAUGGUCUUUUUGGUUUCAGACUUCCAUUCUGGUUGAUUGAGAGGAAGGAAAAUGGUACAGUUGUCGACUACGUCGCUGAAAGAUUCGACGAGGUUUCUCAUCCACUGAUUCCUACAUUUUCAAUAAGAAUCUUUAUGGUCAAACUUUGGAUGACUAAAGAUCCUGAAAAUAUUAAAGCACUCUUGGCUACUCAGUUUAAUGAUUUCUGUUUGGGAACGAGACAUGCUCAAUUCAAGCCACUAUUAGGAGAUGGAAUUUUUACAUUGGAUGGCCAAGGAUGGAAGGAAUCAAGACAGAUGUUGCGUCCCCAAUUUGCUAGAGAUCAAAUCUCACAUGUCAAGAUGUUGGAGCCACACAUUCAGGUUCUUUUCAAGCAGAUACACAAAAACAAGGGACAAGUAUUUGAUUUGCAAGAGUUGUUUUUCAGAUUCACCGUAGACUCUGCCACUGAGUUUUUAUUUGGAGAAUCAGUUGAUUCAUUGAAGGAUGCUAGUAUUGGCAUGCAAGCGGUUUCGAAUGAAGUUGAAGGGAAGGAACAAUUUGCCAAAUCAUUUAAUUUCUCCCAAAACUAUUUGGCAUCAAGAACAACCAUGCAAGGAUUAUACUGGUUAUUAAACUCUAAGAAGUUUAGAGAUAAUAACGCAGUUGUUCACAAGUUUGCCCAGUAUUACGUUAAAAGAGCCUUAUCAUUGACUCCAGAGGAGUUGGAGAAACAAAACGGAUAUGUGUUUCUUUACGAGUUGGCUAAACAUACAAGAGAUCCCAAAGUUUUACAAGAUCAAUUGUUGAAUAUUUUGGUUGCAGGCAGGGAUACAACAGCUGGAUUGUUGUCAUUUGUGUUCUUUGAAUUGGCUAGGAGCCCUGCUGUGUUGACCAAAUUGAGAGAAGAAAUUGGUGCCAAAUUUGGAUUGGAUAAAGAAGCUAGAGUUGAUGAGAUCACGUUCGAAUCCUUGAAGAAUUGUGAAUAUUUAAAAGCAGUGCUUAACGAAUGUUUACGUUUAUACCCAUCAGUUCCACAAAACUUCCGUGUUGCUACAAAAAACACAACUUUGCCUCGUGGUGGAGGACCUGAUGGAAUGUCACCAAUUUUUGUCACCAAAGGCCAAAUUGUCCAGUAUUGCGUUUAUGCAACUCACAGAAUGGAGGAAUUUUACGGCAAAAAUGCUAAUGAAUUUAGACCCGAGAGGUGGUUUGAGCCACAAACAAGGAAAUUGGGUUGGGCAUUUGUUCCAUUCAAUGGUGGUCCAAGAAUUUGUCUUGGUCAGCAGUUCGCUCUAACUGAAGCCAGCUACGUUACAACCAGAUUGGUACAAGAGUUUAGUUCCUUAUGGAUGGAUCCAAAUACUCAAUACCCACCACACAAGAUGUCACAUUUGACAAUGUCCUUGUAUGAUGGAUGCAAUGUCAAGAUGGAGUAA